UGUUUAGCGCACGAUAUAACGAGCAGCCUGGCAACCCAGGAAAGUUCUAAAAAACAAGUCGGCUGGUAAAGACAAUAAAAUAAUGGAUGCAACUGCUGCAAGAACCGGCGAUGUGGACAAGACCCAGAUACCGCCGCUAAACCAAAAACGCAUCCUGGCCUUCGUCAACCACUUCCUCGUCAGCACCUGCACCUUUCUCAAUGAAUUCGCCCUGGGCUGCGAGACGAAGUUCGUCGAGAUGGAGAGGCAGCUGCAGAAGACGGAGGCAGCCCUCGUCAUCCUGGAGGCCAAGCUGGCGUCCAUACCCACCGACCACCAUGUAGCGGAAGACUCGCCCGCAGCGCCAGCGGUAUCAAAUCAGCCCAACGAAGAAGCAUCCACGACGGAACCGCCCCCCACGGAAAGUCCAGGUCCGGUGGAGCCAGUGGAGGAAUGUCCGCCUGAACCGGUCGGUGUGCGCGCUUGCGAAGAUCUUCGGUACAAGAAGUUCUUCAAAAUGGUGCAAGUGGGAGUGCCAGCACCGGCGGUCAAGCAGAAAAUGCAAUCCGAAGGCCUGGAGCCACGGAUUUUGGACACACCCGAUCUGAUCCUGGCAGAUGGCCAACGGGAGUGAGCUGCUUGGACGCAGACCGUGCCCAAUCUUGUGAUAUAGCACAUGUUGCUACACUUCUCAAUUAAACAUUUUUUAAAGCUUA